AUGAUUGGCCGCCUGAAGCCUACAAGCUUACGCUUGCUGCGUCAGUUGCGACAGCUACGACAGGCCAGCGAGACUCCGCCUCAGUUGUCGUGGGUGCCGGCGCGCGGGGACCGCAGAGAGGCUGAAGGCAUCGGCAUCGCGGAUGCCCCAAGCUCUCCCUCGUCACACAAGGAACGGGGGGCAAGCGGGCGAGCUGCGCGGCUUACCUUCGAGGCGGAGGAACUCAUUGAGCGACUCCUGCCCUCAGAGGAGCAGGAGAGGCAGCGGGACGACAUGGUGCAGGACCUGCGGCGCCGCAUCCGAGCGGAGCUGCCCAGGUGCGACCUGGUGACCUUCGGCUCUGCCGCCACAGGCCUUUGGCUGCCCGGCCGUGAUGUGGACCUAAGCCUUCAGGUCCCGGGACUGCGAGGCCGGAUUGAGACCAAACAGGUGUUGCAUCGCGUGGCGUCGCUGAUCCACGGGUUCUCGGGGGACAAGCCCGAGAACCGCUUGGCCGCCAAGAUGCCGUUGCUCCGCUGGGUGCCUCAGGCCAUCCUUCCCUCCUGCGACAUCACCGUGAACAACGACCUGGCGGUGGAAAAUUCCAGGCUGGUGACGGCCUACCUGAUGGCAGAGCCUCUCCUGCGGAAGCUUUUGAUUGUCAUCAAGACUUGGGCAUUUGCCCGAGGAAUCAAUGACAGAAGUGAAGGAACGCUUUCUUCCUUUGCAUUGACCCUCAUGGUUGUGCACCUUCUUCAAAGGAGGCAGCGCCUGCCUUCGCUCCAAGACUUGGCGAUUCUGCACGGCUUGCCGCGGCGGGAAGUUCAGCAGGUGGAUUGCAGGUUUUGUACUGACUCUGCCAUUUUGGAGAAGGAGAGGGCCAAAUUCUCGAGUCCCAGCCUGGGAGCGUGCCUGAUGGACUUCUUCAAGUUUUACGGCACGGAGUACAAGGGCGGCAUCGUCUCGAUUCGCAACGUGGAUGGCAAUCCGCCUUCCUGGGCCUCCGGCAAGUUCCUGUUCAUUGACAACCCAUUUGAACCAGGCAAGGACGUUGCGAAUGUUGAGCUCGGCCAGCUCGCUCGCUUGCGAGAGGAGCUCCGAAAGGCUCACAGCGCCUUGCGACGUGGAAAGUCGGUGGAGUCUGAUUGCCCGCUGCACAGGUACGAGCUGACCAAAGAGACUCGGGAGUUCUUCCAGAGUCAGAGUCGCUUCAAGGCCAUCUUGGAUUUGGUGUUUUCUCCACGAGAACCUCAGGAGAACAUGGCAGAUCGGGAGGAGUAUGAGACAAUGAAGGCUGAGUUCGACACCAUGUGUGAGAGGGCCAGACACAUGUACAAGGCGCAAGAGGAACGAGCUGAACACCGCAUGUGGCGUGCUGUGCAGCAGCUUCCCGAAGACUUAUACCAGGAGGCCAUUGCUUCCAAGCCGGAGAAAGUCCCGGAGGAGCUGCUUUUCCACAACCGCUACCGCGCGCAGAUCUUCCGAAGCCUCUCAGAGUACGAGCAGCGGAAGAUGCCGGGCGCUCGGUACGGUGCGCGGCUGGCAGAUGGCGCUGCCAAGCUUUGCCAGGAUGGCAGCGCGAUUGCGGACGACGAGUUGGCCAGCCAAGGCUCCAGGCCGUGGAGUGAGGCAACUUUCGGGGGCUGCACCAACUUCGAGAUCCAGCACCAAGCAGAUCACGAGAGAGGCCUGGAGCUUCCGGAGCCGCCGGAGGUUCCGCCGGCGGAGCCUUCGCCGCCGGAGCUCGCGGCGCCGUCGCCUUUGGAAGCCCCGGAGGAGAUGGAGCUCGAUGAGGGCACUAGUCCAAAGCCAAGACGGAAGAAGAGGCUAAUGAGGAGGAGGAGGGCGGCUGCAGAUUGCCCGAAAGAAGUUCUUGAUGCAAGCAACGAGGCCCCAAGGCGAUUGGAGCAGCUUGUGGCAACAGUUCUUGACGGACAGGCCGCGCAGUUCGAGGCCGCCAAGCGACGAUUGGAGGCCCUGUGUACUGCGGAGCUUGAGCACUUGCAGCACACGCUUGCCGCUGCUGUCCGAGAGCUUGAGCCAGAGUGCGCCGACUUCACGAGCCUGGAGGAGGUGCAGCUGGCUCCCAGGGAAGGCGGCGCGUCGGGUCCGGUGCCCGCCGUGGGUCUGCCGGUGCUCUUGGCCAGCUUCCAGGUGAAUUUGCAGGAGGCCGGAGAAGUGGAACAAGCAGCCAGAAGUGAGCUGCUUUCCUCAGCAAAGAUGGAUACAGCUCAUGGCAAGUGCAGCUGCAGAGAAAAGCUUCAAACCUUCUUUGCGUCAAAGACCUACGCAAUUGCUGCUCAACUGCUCACCUUUCUGAGCAUGGCAGUGAUUUGGCUCGACACUGAGUUUGCCCGGCAGCCCUGGGUUGCUGCGCUGAGCUGGGCGUGUACUGCGGCCUUCACCCUGGAGCUGCUGCAAAUUGCCGCCUUUGGCAAAGAGUGCUUGACCAGUGAUUCCAAAUGGUGGAGUUUCUAUGAUCUAGUGAUCGUCCUGCUGGCAUGGAUAGAUGAGCUCUACAUUGUGACUACGUCAAGUGGACUGCCUGUCCUGCGUGCGCUCCGUGUACUUCGGGUGGCCAGGCUGUUUCGCUUUUGCCAGCCGCUACACAGCUGGGCGUCAGCAGCAGUGGAGUGUACGCGCGCGCUGUUCUGGUCCACCAUGGUCAUGGCUCUGGCCCUUUUCGCAGCCUCAAUCUGUAUCACUACUAUUUGCGCCGAGUGGAUAAAGAAUCAAGUUGACUUUGAGAAUCCCUCCUGGCCGGACUUGCUGGACCAGAAGAAUGCCAUGGUGCUGAUCGACAAGGACCAAUCCGAGCUAGUGAUGUCAGUAUGGGCAUGGUUUGGAUCCCUGCCCCGGUGCAGCUACACCCUGCUGCAGUGUAGCUGGGGUGUGUCUUGGGGCCAGCAGAGCGACGCGCUGCUCGAAGUUGGGUAUCCAGCUGUGGGCCUGUUCCUGCUGUACUUGCUGAUGAUGUUCAUUGUUAUUUUCAACGUUGUCCUUGGCCUCGUUGUGGAUGCGGUGGCGGAAUCUUGCCGAAUGGUGCAGGAGCCGUCUCAAGAAUCCAUACCGAACAACUUCGUUUCCCAGAUGCGCAAUGUCUUUGAUGUCAUCGAUACGAAUGCGGACAAUGUUCUGGACCCUGAUGAGGUUGCCAACAUCUCAGAUAAAGCCUCUAAAGCUGCACAAACGCUUGGUGUGGAUGGAUCCGAGCUGAGCGUGUUGCUUGCGAUCCUGGCUGGCAAGUCUCGCGCUGUCUCCUUCGCUGACUUCGUCGCAGGUGCUUGGUUUCUGAAGCAUGCCUCGACCCGACCGCGAUCUUCAAAGCUGCAAAGCCUGAACGCGUGA